GUGGCCCCGCCGAUGAUCACGUCGAUCUCGCAUGAAGAGUUGGUGAAGUGGCGUGGGCUGCGACGCGAGUAUGAAGCCAAGAUGCGUGCCCGUGUUCGCAUUUCUGGCGAAAACUACGACCUCGUUACUCAACCCGUCAAGGAGUCGCUCUCUGACAAGUUGCUGAAGGCUUUCAGCACGUUUCGCCUGGGCAUCAAGGUCGAAGAUGCCACCGAUGAGAUUUUGCUCAUUGAACUGAACCAGCUUCUCGGCAAUGUAAAGAACGACGACAUCCCGGACAUUAAAGCGCUGUUCAAGGGCCAGAUCCGCAUGAACAUGCAGGAGUCCGAC